CUCUCUCUCACUGCCACUCUCACGCUCAAAGGCUCCGGCACCAGCAGCAGGAACAAGACCAACUAACCCCAUCCGAGGUCUGUACAGUCUCCUAGGCAGAGGGUCGACCCAGGUCCUCAGCUCCCAGGAACACGAUAACCACGUCUACGAUGACCCCACUCCCCAGCAAGAGGAUGUUCCCAGCAGCAACAGCUCCAAGUAUGACCAAAGACGCCACAGCAAUGUCAGCGCCAUCACCAACACGCUACAGAACAACAGGGCUCAUCCCACCCUGAGACGCAUGUCAGGUCACGGUCCCUCCACCACCCUCACACGCCACCCAUGCGACCCCCUGCCUUGCACGCCCACUGUCCCCACGACCCGUCCUCUGUCCUUCCCCACGCCUAUUCCCCGGCAUGCCCCAACGCCUCCUCCCCUGCCCUCACCCACCUCCCCUCCUGCCCUCCCUGCCCGAAACUCUGGCCAGGGGGGUCCACCUGCCCCAGAGAGACCCCAGAAGAAACCGAAUAUUCCUCCUCUUAAGCCCAAACCAGCUGUGAUUGACCAGAAGGAGCCCAAGAUUCCCAGGAACGAGGUGGUUCAGUGUCCUCUCUGUCGCACCCUCAUCAACACCUCUCAACUGCAGACCAACAGGUACGUCGUGGCUCACCUAAGAGACUUGGCCCGUCUCGAAAUAUUAAGGAAGCCUGAAAAACAAAGUGAACUGCCCGCCACCACCAAGCCACCCAACAAGGCCGUCCCACCAUCCAUCGCCCCUGACUUAAAAGUCGAAGAGUUUUGGUGUAUAACUUGUGAUGUUCCUGCCCGGGAUCACUGUACCUCACACGAACUCUCACCCAUACAACAGUGGGUGGAGACUCUGGGAGUAUCUCUGGCAGAGCUACAGAGAAGGGUAGAGCGACGCAUCAACACAUACUCCAGUUACCUCGACAGUACUGACGAAGAUGUCAAGGUCGUCUUCACAAGCCUCAAUAAAGCCUCCAGACACCUGUGGAAGUCACGGCAGGAGGUGCAGGAGGUGAAGGACCAGCUGUGUGAUGGAGCUGAUGAACCUGCCAACAAUGACCCUAGACAACGAGCUAUUGCACUCUCACACAGGAUGACAUCAUUGCGUGCCUUGGAGGAGCAAGUAGGCAUUAUGGAGAUGGGAGCGGAGAGCAACGAAGUGUACAUCUACCGGCAAAACAACAAACUGUACGUGAGCACCUGCCAGCCCGACCGGACCAUCAUCAUUACCAUCAAUCAGGGAAUGUCUCAGGUCUAGUUUGUAAUGUGUCUCGACUUCUCUUAGUUACGAGACACACUCACAGCCUACGUUCUUUGUAAUGUUGUCACUAACCAUGUCAUCGUAACAUCUUAUUCUGUCACCACUAUCAUCAUUUAGAUCCAGUGUAUGUCCAGUAUUUAUUGUGGGGUACGAGAUGUUUGGUUCUCACUCAGGAUGGGAUGGA